CCCGUCAAUCACCGCAGCCGCCAGCCCCUGCCAGGCCCUUCUCCGCCUCCCAGGCCCUCAGAGCACCUCCGGCUCCCGACUCGGGCCGCCCUCCUCUCAGCGCGGAGCCGGGCGAUCUGUCAGCGGAGCGGGCCGGGGCGAGGGUGGGGGGAGCCGCCCGGCCCGCCGGGGCUCGAGUUACCCGUGACUGACAGCGUCUCCAUGGCGAAUAAUUUGACUCCGACUAUUGUCUGGCGCGGGCAGGCCCCAGGUCAGAUAACCGGACCAAUCAGGGCGCGGGCCGCCGCGCCUCGUGCCCGCUUAGAAUAAUAUUAUUAAAAAAGCUGCGAGCGAGCUAGACGGGAGGGAGAGCAGGCGAGAGGCAAGCGAGGGAGCGGCGGGCGGGCGCGGAGCAUGCAGAGCAGCGCCCCGGGCGGCACCCGGGCUUCGGCGAGGGCGCUGGGGAGGCGCACAGGCUGCCCGGACGCGGCGCGGCGCGGGCCCCGUGGCCGGCGCGGGGACGUCCGACAGUGACUCAGGGCUUGCCGGGAGCCAGCCCCGGGCCAGGGGGGCCGCCCCGCCCGCCUCUCAGCCCCGGCCGGCCCUGCGGGGAGGCGCCCAUGCAGGACUGCGCUGCGUGGUGAGGGCGCGCGCGGGCGGGCGGGGGCGCAGCCGACAACAUGUCCAUGCUGCCCACCUUCGGCUUCACGCAGGAGCAAGUGGCGUGCGUGUGCGAGGUGUUGCAGCAGGGCGGCAACAUCGAGCGGCUGGGCCGCUUCCUGUGGUCGCUGCCUGCCUGUGAGCACCUCCACAAGAAUGAAAGCGUGCUCAAGGCCAAGGCCGUGGUGGCCUUUCACCGCGGCAACUUCCGCGAGCUCUACAAGAUCCUGGAGAGCCACCAGUUCUCGCCACACAACCACGCCAAGCUGCAGCAGCUGUGGCUCAAGGCGCACUACAUCGAGGCCGAGAAGCUGCGCGGCCGGCCCCUGGGCGCCGUGGGCAAGUACCGCGUGCGCCGCAAGUUCCCACUGCCGCGCUCCAUCUGGGACGGCGAGGAGACCAGCUACUGCUUCAAGGAGAAGAGCCGCAGCGUGCUGCGCGAGUGGUACGCACACAACCCCUACCCGUCCCCGCGCGAGAAACGCGAGCUGGCCGAGGCCACCGGCCUCACCACCACGCAGGUCAGCAACUGGUUCAAGAACCGUCGGCAGCGCGACCGGGCGGCCGAGGCCAAGGAAAGAGAGAACAGCGAGAACUCCAACAGCCACAACCCGCUGGCGGCGUCACUGAACGGCAGCGGCAAGUCGGUGCUAGGCAGCUCCGAGGACGAGAAGACGCCGUCUGGGACGCCGGACCACUCCUCGUCCAGUCCGGCGCUGCUGCUCAGCCCGCCGCCGCCCCCCGGGCUGCCGUCCCUGCACAGCCUGGGCCACCCUCCGGGCCCCAGCGCGGUGCCGGUGCCCGUGCCGGGCGGAGGCGGCGCGGACUCACUGCAGCACCACCACGGCCUGCAGGACUCCAUCCUUAACCCCAUGGCGGCCAGUCUUGUGGACCUGGGCUCCUAGAGCGUCGCUCACCUCUGCGCGCGUUUGGCGUGGCUGUCCCACCAGGUACCCAGAGACCCGCAGGCUGAGGCUGAGCGAGCAGAAAUGCCGGCAGGCAGGGCAGAGCCGGAGGCCGUCUGCUUUGGUCCUUGUCUGGGAUUUGUUUUCCACAAAUCGUUUUGAGAUCUUUGGGGGGCUGCAGACCCGGGCUCGGUCUUGAGCCAGGAAAGGGAUUCCAUUGACACCAUUCCGGUUCUCUCUCUCUCUCUCCUUCUAUUUUCUUCUUUAGUUCUUCCUUUUCUUUCUUUUUUUUCCCUUUCUCUUUUUCUCUGUCUGCCUUGCCGCUUGGGGUAUGUGCGUGCUUAUGUAUUUUCUCCUGCCAAUCUAUCGCUCUACGUGCUUGCAUCUCUCUCUCUCUCUCUCUCUCUCUCUCUCUCU